GAGGAGGAGGGCAGCAGCGAAGGCGGCUGCAGCGGGAGAUGAGCUGCAGCGGGAGGACGGUGCGGUGCAGCUUUUUGCGGCGGGGAGCCCUCCCUUGUCUCCACAACUCUGUCCCCCUCUGACUGGGAGCAGUUCAACAGCAGAAGAUCCGUGGUUUUUGCUUCUGUUUGCCACCACUGCCUUCACCAUCACCACCAUCAUCAUCGUCUCCAAAGACAGGGGAAAUACCCUGCACCGCCGGACAACAGGAUUUCGGGUUUCCACGAUCAAGACUGUUCUUCUGCUCCUUCCCCCCCGCUCCUUUACUCACCGCACGGCCCGUGCCCUGGCCGGGGGCGGCAGACCGGGGGGGGGUAACAAUGGUGAAGUUUCUGGUGAGUUCUGGCUGCGCCCUGGCUGCGUCGGUGCUGCUCCGUGUGCCUGUCGGAUCGUGGUGAGGAGAAAAUGAGCGAAGAGACGGCGACUUCUAACGAUAAUAGUUAUGCACGAGUGCGAGCUGUGGUGAUGACCCGGGAUGACUCAAGUGGUGGAUGGUUACCACUUGGAGGGGGUGGACUAAGCUGUGUCACAGUCUUCAAAGUCAUUCCCCAGGAAGAGAAUAGCUGUGCUGAUUUUCUUAUCCAUGGAGAACGACUCAGGGAUAAAACGGUGGUCUUGGAAUGCACAUUAAAGAAAGACCUUGUUUACAACAAAGUUACUCCUACUUUUUACCACUGGAAGAUUGAUGACAAAAAGUUUGGCCUCACAUUUCAAAGUCCUGCUGAUGCAAGAGCAUUUGAUAGAGGUAUUCGGAGAGCAGUAGAAGAUAUUUCUCAAGGUUAUCCACCCUCCCAAAAUGAUGUUGAAGUGGCAGAAGACUGCUUUCAAACUGCUCAAGAAAAUACAUCAGGUUCACUAAUGAAAGAUCACCCUUUUCAACAUGAAACUGUAGUAACCAGUGAAACCUACAACAGUGCAAAUUUAAGGCCUUCAACAUUUGAGGAUUUCAAUACAAGGAGAGCCUGUUUACCAAGCCAACCUAACCAGGUCCCACUGAAGUCAAUCAGGCAUGUUAGUUUUCAGGACGAAGAUGAAAUUGUCAGAAUAAACCCUCGUGACAUUUUGAUACGUCGUUAUGCAGACUACAGGCAUCCUGACAUGUGGAAGAAUGACCUGGAGAGGGAUGACGCAGACUCAAAUAUACCGUUUUCUAAAUCAGACAGUAAAAAAUCUGACUAUUUAUACCCAUGUGGGGAUGGAACUAAGUUGAAUUCCCUGAAAGACUCAAAGAGUUCUGUGGUAUUUAAAACUCAGCCUUCCUCAUCAAAAUUUAAAAACUCGAAAAGAAGAAAAGAGGAUGGUGAGCGUUCCCGCUGUAUAUACUGCCAGGAAAGGUUUAAUCAUGAAGAUAAUGGCAGAGGAAAAUGUCAAGAUGCGCCAGAUCCUAUUAAAAGAUGUAUCUACCAAGUUAGUUGCAUGCUUUGCGCAGAGAGCAUGCUGUAUCACUGCAUGUCAGACUCUGAAGGAGAUUUCUCUGAUCCUUGCUCGUGUGACACUAGUGAUGACAAGUUCUGCUUACGCUGGUUAGCACUGGUGGCACUCUCGUUCAUUGCUCCAUGUAUGUGCUGCUACCUCCCCUUGAGAGCAUGCCAUCACUGUGGUGAGGUGUGUGGGUGCUGUGGAGGAAAGCAUAAAGCUGCGGGAUGAAUCAGUCUUGUGCCAAACAGAGCUGAAAAAUCUUUGUUUCCAGGAAGCAUCUAACUUGGAUUUGUGGAAGCUUUUUGGCAAGCUGAAGGGAAUCUUCUUUCAUGUAAGAGAUGCUUGAUGUGGAGGAAGCAACAAGACUUGUCAGACCUUGGCAUUUUACAAGUGCUAGCCACGCCUAACUAUUUCCUUUGAGUGCGUGGCAUUUGUUGCAAGUUGUGAAGGAGAUUUUGCAAAGGAAAGCCUGUUCUUAUUAUUGGCUAUAAAAUGAGUAUAUAAACUAUGAUUAUACUAAAAGGGAUUAACUUUUGCCACUUUGUACAUUCAUGGUUUAGGUGAGGGGGCUCUUUUAAAAGGAUUAAAACUUACCUGAGGGGAAAUUUUAACUAAAAGUGCACUAGUGACAGUUGAUUUAAGAUUAAGAAAAGUUAAUACUCAGCAAAUGAGAAAUGAAGCUGAUUUUAAGUGCAACUAAAUCACUUAUUAAUAGUUUUUUGGAAGCAACUUUAUGUAUAAAUAACAAAUGUUUAUAUUUAACUAAAUGUGUAAGGUACGAAUUAUUACAUGUUAAACUUUCCUUCCCUCUGAUAUAGUAGGUAUGGACCAUAUCUACUGUCACAUUCCAUGGUAGUAUUUUAAAUAGUUAAUUUAGUUGCAUUUUUAUUCCAGAUGGACAAAUUGAUAUUUUCAGUCCUGGUUCCCUUCAGCUACAGUUUGUGUUGAGUUGUAUCCAUGCAUUCUGAUAAUCUAAAAACCUUUAAAAUAUUAAUUAUUCUAGUCUUGAGUGACCAAUAUUUUUUUGUUAAGCACAGAUGUAAUUGUCUAAAAUGUUCUCGUUAGAACAUAACAUUUAUUUUUAUAUAUAAAUGACUUUGAUUUCAACAUAAUAGCAAAAAGGAUGUUGUUUCUGUUGUUCAACCAGCAAGUUGUUUUCUUUUGGGAUAUCCUCCAAAAAUACUUUCUUGCAUAUUCAAAUGUUCAUUAAGCAAAAGGUACAUUAAGGCAGUUGUAACAAAUUGUCAUCAGUGUUCUUGUUUAUCCUUCUGUUAAACUAGGAUCCUGUUCAGCUGUUUAUCAAGUACUAUGAUUAAAACAAAAGAUUAAUAACAAAAGUGAAAUUGUUUUCAUUAUUUUGAACCACAACUUUUUCUAAUUUGAAUGGGCAAGAACAAAAGUACUGUGUGUUUUGUUCAAAAAGAAAAACAAAAGACUUAGCUUGAGAAAUAAAUUACAGCCCAGGCAAAACUGAGUGACCUUCUUAAUUGGGGAAAUUUGAGGGCGGGGCUGGGGAGGGAGGCUGGAGAGUGAGAGAGUGUGUGUGUAUGUAUUUGUAUGAGUGCUGGUAUAUUGUGUAUGGCAUUUCUUAUGGUUUUGUACUUAGCCUAAUUUUCAGGUAAGAAUCAAUUAACCCACAGAGAAUUUUUAAAAGCAUUAUAUGUUGUGCUGUGUUGUGAAAUAAGAAUCAUUUACUUCUUACUAAAAACAUGUAAAGCACUAAAAACAGUCAUAAUUCAUUAGCAAAGGUGCCUGUUUGACAUCUUGGCUGGAGUGGGACUCAUUGUCUUUAGUAUACCCUUGUUAUUAAACACAGAAUCAAACAAUUUUAAUUUUAAAAAUGCAUUACUUACUUUUCUCACUUACAUGCAUUUCUUCAGUAUCUUUUUUGUAAUUUUUUUUCUGCAUGUAUCAAGCCCCUUCAUUUUCCUUUGUAGCCCAGAAGUGAAAUGAGCAAAUGUAUAUAACUAUCUGUCUGUAAAAUACUUUUUAAAAGAAAACAUUUAUAUUUAUAUUACAGCUUGAAUUGACCACUUUGUGUACAUAGAUCAUCUCAAAGUAUUAUUUCACAUUGAAAAAGAUGACAAAUAUCUUGAUAACUAUAGAAGUUAUGGAAGAGCUUCUAGUUUUGUAUUAAGAGUUGAUUGGAUGGUUGAAGGUCAAGAAUAUGACAUGGUAGGAGCCGUCUUGGGUUUUCUUAUUUACGUAUUUGAAAGCUGCUACUCCGGUUGGUUUUCAUGUUUCGCACAUUUUCAGCUAAACUUGGUUGCCUAGAAUAAAUAGACUGUUACCUUUAAAAACAACUUUCAUUAAAAAAUGAUGAUGUUUUUCUAGUGAAUGAGAGGAAUUUAAUAUUUGUAAGUGCUAGGUUCCAAUUCAAGGUACAGAGGUAUGAACAACCUAAGAAAAGAACUUGCUGGCUGUAUAAGAAUAUGCUGUAUAAUAAUAUUGUAUAUAUACUUCAGAAAGAACUUAAUUUUAGCAAUUUCCUCUAGCACUAUACAACAUAGUGAAACUCCUGGUCCUGUACUGUAUUUUAUAUGGCACAUACACUUUAAUAUUUUUACAAAUGUGUGCAUUAAUAUUUUCACCUUGCAUUUAACUACUUAGCUGCUGAAAUGUUUUCACCUUUUGCUUUUCUCUUUGAAGACUUGUAUCAUCUAAAGGCAGUUACUGAAUGGGUCCAUGCUUGCUUGUUCCUGUUGUGCUGCAAGUGGCAGCCAGCUUGCCUGGUUUGGGAGACCAAAGGAAUGCAAAGAUCCAAGAUUGCAUAAGGAUUGGUUUUAGUUGCAUGCACGUGUACUUUUUUUCUGGUGCUAGGGAUCUUACCCACUGUUACAUUUAGGAGAGGAGCAGUGGAAGGUAGACAUACAGCAAACCCAUUCCAGAUCAGCUUGUUGCAUUCAUACGUCAUCUGGCUUCGGCAGCACGUAACAUUCUUUCUAUCUCUUCUGAAAUACUUUCUUGAGCAUUUGGAAAUUUCUUCCCCGGUCUGUAAUCCUUAACAUCGGAGUUGUAGUUUGUCAGGCAUGUAGUAGCAGAGCUUUGUGCUGCUUGUUUCCGAGCCUUUGGAAACGGCCACUGAAUAUUAAGUCCCUCGCUCGCUGAAAGCCUCGGUUGCUGUGCGAAUUGUUUCCCCUAGGAAUUGGGGGAAGUUAAGGGAGAGCGGCGCUCGGGCACCAUCUGCUGGGGGAAAGCUGGGCAGCCUGCAGGCCCAGCUCCUGGUGACACCGAGUUAACGGGCUAUCAGCGCACGGCUUAGGGUACACCCUUUGGUUAUGCUACAGCCACGAAUUUACGGAAUGGUCACUUGUAAUCUCACUGGGAUACUUUAGCUCGUCAUGUCUCUUAAGUUUCAUUAUUAAUACUGAAGUAAAAAUCCUUUAACCAUAUAUUUUAUUGGGUUUAAAAUUGUUGUGAUGGCCUGUUACAGGAGCAUAAGAACCAGGAAUGAAAUUAAAAUUCUUUUGAUUGUGUCAUUGGGCUUAGAAGAAAGAGGUUUUAUUUUUCUUUUUUUGUUAUGAUGAUUAUUUUAUUAAUUUCCCCUCUCAAAGUUCUUCCCACAGCAAAGUGAUGGAGUUUUGAUGCUCAUGCGGAGGGAAUUUGGCCUUUUGGUUUGUGAUACAAAUCAAGUUGUGAGUAUGCACAGGUGGGUGUGUGCUCAAGCACAUGAAAUUCAGUAGCUAUGAAGGAUAUACCUACAACUGUGUGCAUGGUUAAAGCAAUAUCUCAUAAUAAUCUCCAGUUGUUAUGGUAACUGUUUAGUAAACAGCAUGAUGUUAUAGAACUCUUCAAGAGCUUUUAGAAGCAAUGUUUCAGUCUUAACCAAUGCAGUUUUCUCUAGAGAAGCAAAGGUAUUUUGAAGAAUGCCUUAUUUGUGCGUGUUGGAAUAUAACAUUCCCAUUUUGGAUGAGUUCUCCUCAGUGUGUACCUGGAGGAUAAUGUUGAACAUUUGUGUAAAUAAUGCCCAGGUUUAAAUUAGACUUUAAAUCUUUUCCAAGCUUAUGGCACAAUGUGUAGCCAGUACAGCUAUAUAUUCAUAUUAGUAACAUGAAGAUCAGGAUUGCUGGCUGGCAACAAAAACAAGAACUUUAAAAAGAUGCCUUAUGCAUAGUACUAUUAGUCCAGCAGCUGGGUGAAUAAAACUUGUUUACUUUGGUGCAUUUAAAUAUAAAGACGAGUUGAGGGGGCUGUUGGGUUUUCAUUUUGGGUUGGUUUUUUUUUUUUCCCUCUGAAAGCUUCCCGUAAUUGUAAAAGUUGUGGUUUGUUAAAGAAAUCAAUGCAUAUGGUAAAAAAGCAGCCUUCAUGUUUAAAGCUGCAGUAUAAGCUGGUUUCCUUCUUUUGCUUGGUGCCAUUUGCUUUUCACCCUAAUGACCUCCAAGUGCCUCAUGUGUAUAUUGUUUCCAUUAAACCUCAACUGCUAUUUGCAUCUACUAAAUGAUGUAUAA